AUGAACAAGGACAUGCUCCGUGUGUACGAGAACUGCUCUUACGACGAGGUGCUUCAGGGCAAGAAGAUGACCCAUUCCUCGACCUGGGUCCGCGCGGCGCUCGCCCAUUGCGCUAAGGAGCAGAUCUCCGUCCACUGUCUCCCGCAGAACUCCAAGCAGUUGAUCGGGUUCAUGCGCGCUGUCGGCUGGGAAGUGUCCGACCCGGACCUCUUCCGCGUCCUGGGCAAGAAACUCCUCACCUGGACUCAACGCUGGAUCAUCUUGGGUCAUUGUCGGAGAAGCCAGCAAAUAAAACCCACACAACAUCUUCCCAUACCACACAGUUCAUCGCCGUGA